AUGAAUAUUUUAUUAAUCUUUUUUCUCGAACAGAUUUUGGCUCAAAAUGGGCGGGUGAAAAGAUCAGCCACGAUAAAUUGCGACAUUGUAAAUGUCGAUUGCACUUUCUUAACGAUGGCGAUUACUUUGAAUGAAACAUGCAGGGCAAUGGAAUACCCGGCCGUUCCGAGGUCCGGAGCGGGUUUGUACGUCACGAAGUCGAGGGAUUUGAAAAAAGACUCGAUUCUCGAAGAGCUCAGAGACAACUGUACAUUUCCACUUGUUCCCGCCAACGGAACUGCUCCUGGCCUGCCGGCCAUUGUUGCCUGUACUGAAGAAAUCCCGGAUUCUUCAUUUGUCAGAACAUCCGCUUGGCUUCAAUUUUCUCCGGUAAAUGUCAAUUUUGAAAUCAAAUUGAUGGAACCGGUCGAACUCGAGUGCUACUACAACAAAACCCUGAACCUGGACAACGAGCGGAUCGAAAUCAGCGACCCAGUCGUCUCCGCCGUCAAGGAAGAAUUACAAGCGGCGGAGAUAAUUAACAACCUUGGCCUGUCACUCGUGACUAGUGACGACCGUGAUGAGCGGGAAUACGAUGAUGGCAAAAUGAGCGAAAAGAGCUUUUUUCUCGGCGACACGAUUACCGUCUCGGUUCAGAUGCAGAAACCAAAUGAUUUUUACUGGGUAUAUUUGAAAGAAUGUGACAUCAAAAGUGGACAGAAAAGCCUCAAUAUUUUCAACAACUUCUGCCCAAGCAAAGAAUUCAAAGACAUUCUCUCGAUAAAACGAAAAUCUUUCACUUCCUUCUCCUUCAUCCUCUUCAAGCUGGAUGAUGUUCCAUCGUUGGAGGUCAAAUGCAAUCUCGCUGUUCUGACGAUCGUAGAUCCUAUGCCGCCGAGAUGCGAAGAAUCAGCUGGAGACUCGAUGUAUGAAGGAUUUUAUGAUUAUUUCAACGAGACCGAUUACUAUGCUAACUACUCCAAUUCCUCAAAUUCGUCGAAUUCGGAAGUAGAGAAGAGUUUGAACUCCUUGUCUCUCCAAUCUUCCAUUCAAAUUCUACCUCAUCAAAAUUUGAUCGCCUCCGGGAAACGAACUUGUCUUAGUUUUAGUCUUCAAGUCACUGUUUUCUGCCUUUCAGUAGCUUUAUCCCUGUUUUAA